AUGGAUGUUGUACUUUCUCCAAUCAAAACAGUAAACGAAAUAGCAAACUCUCUAUAUUUUUUAAGUCUUCAGUUGAAUUCUCCAAGCAGUUUGUCUGAGUCAUCCCAUAGUGUCGGAUCAGUUCAUAGUCAAUGGAGAUGUUCGGCAUUUGAAUUACCACAUAAUAUUGUCUCAGAAUCGUCACCACAGUUAAUCAUUGACUCGAAAGCACCAUUCUGGACAUCGAAGAAGGUUAUAUUGGCAAUACUGUGUUUCUUUUGUUGUUUUUUGAUCCAAGCCUCUAGAUUUAAUCUUAGUAUAGCUAUUGUAUCAAUGGUAGAUCACAGUCAAGAUGUAGUAAAUAUAACUCAUACUAGGGCACUGACUGUUAAUACUCAUGAAUGUUCCAACUUAGUAGAGGAGAGAGAUUCGAAAGGGGAAUUCGACUGGGACAAACCAUUACAAGGUUUAAUACUCGGGGCUUUCUUUUGGGGGUAUUGUGUUCUACAGUCAGCUUCCGGUUGGAUAUGUGACAGAUAUGGUGUCAAACGAGUCCUUUCAAUAGCUUUCUCUAUUACAACUAUCCUAUGUUUAGUCAGUCCAAUUUGUGCCAGAACAAGUCCUUAUUUAUUUAUCUGCCUACGAAUCGCUCUAGGACUUUUCCAGGAUUGUGUUUCUAAGAAACCGAUCGUUUGGUCUUUUAUGAUUAGAACGAAUCGUGUCGAAAAACAAGAAAUCGAAGGCAAUGUAAUUUUUAUGGAUGCCCUAUAUUUCCUGUCAUUACAAGUGAUAUUAACCAGCUGGAUUCCACCAAGUGAAAAGAGUCGACUUUAUGGUUUUGCUUUCUCAGGAAUCUGCACAUUUGUUUGGACAGUUGCGUGGCUUUUUUUUGCUUCUAACUCUCCCCAAGAGCACCCGACGAUAACAGAAGCUGAACUGAAAUACAUUGAAUUAUCACUUGGUCUAGCCAACAACAAAACAAAGAAGGUAGGUAAAGAUGAAAUCAAAUGGAGUUUUACGUCCUACUUUUCUGUAGAAGGUGCGAUUAGUACUGCAGUGUUUUUAAUAGGCUUAAGUUAUAUUGGAUGUGAUCAGCAAAUUCUCGCAGUUGCACUCGUAACAAUUGCCGUUGCUGCAAAAGGAAUCAGUUCGAGUGGAUUUUUUAUCAACCCUACUGAUAUUGCUCCAGCGUAUGCUGGUACAAUAUUAGGAAUAUCAAAUUCUUUGGCAACUUUGCCCGGAGUCAUAGCACCAUAUGUAGUCGGUGUUCUCACACCUAAUGGGACAAGAGAUGAAUGGCAAAUAUCCUUUUACAUUGCUGGUGGUCUUUUUCUUUUGGCAGCUGUAUUUUCGCUGAAGGAGUAA